AUGUUUCCUGCUGGAGUGACAGAAAAUGGAACUUCGUUGCCGAAUUUCGAGAAAUCAAAUAAGAAACCGAUCAACGACCUUCAAGAUGAAGGUUUUUCACCUGAAGAGGCAAGACUUCGAUGUCAGCUGGCAUCCCUUUAUCGACUCGUAGAUCUUUUCCAUUGGAGUCAAGGGAUUUUCAAUCACAUGACAGUGCGACUUCCUGGCGAUGACAUGGAGAUUCUGAUUAAUCCUUUCGGUCUGCUCUACCAUGAACAGACUGCCAGCACACUUGUAAAAGUAAACCUUGACGGAGAAGUAUUGGAUCAUGGAAGUACCAAACUAGGAAUCAAUCAAGCCGGCUACACUCUUCACUCUGCUAUCCAUAGAGCUCGGAAAGAUUUAAUGUGCGUGAUUCACUUACAUACACCAGCGGUUGCAGCUGUUUCGGCAAUGAAAUGCGGCUUGCUUCCUCUGUGUCAGGAAGCCAUGAUCGUCGGGCCAGUAGCAUACCAUGAUUACCAGGGUAUUCUCGUAGAGAUAAACGAAGGAGAUUCCCUAGUGAAAGACAUGGGUACGCAUAGCGUUAUGAUUCUAAGGAACCAUGGUUUUGUCGUUGGCGGUAGUACCAUCGAAGAAGCAUUUCAUCUAACCUACCAUCUAAUCCUCGCAUGUCAAACACAGGUGACGCUGAAUCUUCUACUUGGCGCAAAAAUUAGGAAUUCUGUUCUUGGUUCAUACGCAUACAUAAGGCUGAAAAAAAAA